AUGUCCCAUCCUGCGUCUCCAAUUUCGACACCAUCGCACGGCUCCUGUAUCGCUAUUCAACCGCCGCGCCACCGCUCGUCGCACGACAAGGCAGCCAUCGAUGUCGCCCAGUUCUCCGUCAACGAGCAAUGUGUGCCACACGGCGAGUGCGACGUGUUCCAGGACUUUAUCAACGUUGGCAAGCCGGUAUUCCACAUCGAGUACCCCACCGAGAAGACGAGCUUCAGUAAGCUCUGCACAGGGAGCCAGUUCACCACUAUGCUCAAGAACAUGGACCUCAGCGGCAUGGCCACGUACUGCGACGGCUCCGAGGCCACAACGCAGACCCUUUAG